UCUUAGGCUUACACACAACCAGAGGUAGGAAGAGGAAGCAACAUCACACUGGCAAAAAAAGAAAGUGGAAUACUAAUUAAGCAACAGUUAAGGAAGCUGAUGCAAUACUGAAUGUCUGAUAGGGGAAAAAAAGGUUUUCUAUUAGGCUUUAAGUGUUAUCUGUGCCUGAUAUCAAAAUGUCAGUCUGUUGUCUACCUUUAUACUCUGUCUGUGGCAUCAAAACAAGAAGGCGUUUAGUAUUUUACAGUAUACUAUAAUGGACCUCCAGGUAAGAGGAAUAAAACAUCCAUCCCCGUGGAACAGGUGUUACCUGGGGGAUUCUCUGAUUUCAUUAGAAAAACACUCGAGAGGGGUUACUGCUCACCUCAGAUAGAAACUUGCCGUUUUGGAUUGUAAAUUAGGCUAUCUCGUUUCAAUCUGCGCAGCAGCUGCACCAAGCAUCGCCUGAAUGUUACACAGUAGCUUACUAUGAAGAUGCAGGUGCAUUUCGUAGUGUGUGUGUGUAUAUAUAGGUACAUAGAUAUCUGACAUCUUGCUCACAAUUCUGGUCGUUUUACUGCAAGUAAGCUCACCACAGCUCAAGAAACCUGUGUGUGGCGAUAGGCGGACGCAAUCAGUUAUACUUUUGACUGGGUUGCUUGGUGCAAUAGCCGAUGUACUGCAUUAUGUUUUUCAACACAGGCUAACUGGACGGAGUACGAUACUCAGGAUAGGUUUGAGACAAUAGUGCAUUUGUCCAGAAUGACCCACAGAAGUGUUUUCUUACUUUGUGAUAAAUCAAAAUCUUGAAACUGAAACAAAUGGGUGGAGUGACGAAAAUAUGACCCCUUUUGUCAACCCCCUCCCGCUUUCUCCCCUUCGCUCCUGUUGCUGCUACUUGGCGGCUCUCCUCCUGCUUCUUCAGCUCCUGCACGGAGGUAUACAAAUGAGGUACGUGUACGUCGACUAUGCCUUCAGCAGCACAGAGGCAUACAAAUGAGAUACGCGUACGUCGACGAUGACUUCAGCAGCCCCCUUUCCCUGCAUUUACCACUUAAGAAAAAUAUCAUUCAAUGCAGCAGGGAACACAACAAACGUUUCGCCUUCAAAUCCAAGAAAAUAACAUCGCACUAUGGACAUACUCAUCCGAUCAAGAUGCUACUUCUUGUACGGUGCAAAAUACUAAUGAGAUCUUGAAAAUUUAAAGAGCUACGCUUAUCAGGUGCUUAAGAGACACAUGGGAAUUCUAGGUAUUUUGUGACAUACUGAACUGGAUAAAGAUGAACCUUACCAGUAAAACACCAUACCUGGUAGAUGAAAGCCCAGCGUCUGCCAAUGCCACACUAGACGAGCAAUUCUCAAAUGGGACUUUUAUUCACACUGCUACCCUGGUUAUCUGUACUUUUCUACUGGUCAUUAUAUUCUUCCUGGGGUCCUAUGGGAACUCAAUAGUCUUCUUAUCGUUCUUUGACCCAGCCUUUCGAAAAUUCAGGACCAACUUUGAUUUCAUGAUCCUGAACCUGUCCUUCUGCGAUCUGUUCAUCUGUUGCGUCACGGCACCUAUGUUUGCCUUUGUCUUGUUCUUCGACACCGGCAGCAGUGUCUCCAAGGAGUUUUGCUUCACUUUCCACUUGACCAGUUCUGGGUUUAUUAUAAUGUCUCUCAAGACCGUAGCCGUCAUCGCUCUCCAUCGCCUUCGCAUGGUGCUCGGCCAGCAGCCCAACAGAACGGCCUCCUUCCCUUGCACGUUGAUGCUCACCAUCCUUCUGUGGACCACAAGUUUUACCCUGGCCACUUUGGUUACACUGAGGACUUACCCCUGGCAGUCCAAGGUUUGCUUGCCACACUUUGGGCUGAUAAGUGGGGACGGAAAAAUUAUACUCUACCUGUAUCUUAUUGACUUCACCUUUUGUGUGGGGAUUGUCUCUGUGUCUUAUGUUAUGAUAGCCCAGGCAUUAAGAAAGAACGCUCAAGUAAGGAAAUGCCCCAUAAUAACUGUAGAUGCCUCCAGACCUCAGCCCCUAAUUGGCACUGGCUUUGAAGGUGUGCAGUGCACCGUGCCUGCAUUGUACAGGAACCAGAACUACAACAAACUGCAGCAUGUGCAGACACACCCCUAUACCAAAAAAAUGAGCCAGGGCCCAAUGCCAGGGGGCAAGGUCCAGUUGGUGUCCUCAGUCAACCUGGCCACAGUGAAGGACUCCAAAGCUGUGGUCACGUGCGUUGUCAUAGUCCUCUCGGUCUUGCUCUGCUGCCUCCCAAUGGGAAUCUCCCUAAUCCAGGAUGUUCUGUCACCAAAUAGCAGCUUCAUCUUGUACCAGUUUGAGCUCUGUGGAUUUACCCUGAUUUUUCUCAAAUCGGGCAUAAACCCCUUUAUAUAUUCUCGUAACAGUGCCGGCCUCAGGCGGAGGGUACUUUGGUGCAUUGAGUACGUUGCUCUAGGCUUCCUCUGCUGCAAACAGAAGACCAGGCUCAGAGCUAUGGGCAAAGGAAGUCUGGAGGUCAAUAGGAACAAGUCCUCCCACCACGAAACAAACUCUGCCUACAUGCUGUCUCCCAAACCCCAGAGGAAGUUAGUUGACCAAGCCUGUGGCCCUAGCCACUCUAAAGAUAGUGUAUUGAGCCCCAAGGCUACCGGUGGCUACCAGCCUCAUGCCCAGAGCAGCUCGACACCUAUCAACACUCGCAUUGAGCCUUACUACAGCAUUUACAACAGCAGUCCAUCACAAGAGGCUAGUUCCCCGGACAGCCUGCAGCCUGUUAACUCCACCUUCGGAUUUACCAAGUCAUACGUUGCCAUGCACUACCAUACAAGGAAAGACUUGAUACAGGACUAUGAGACUACUUCAGCAAGGCAAAUACCAGUGCCAUCAGUGUAACAGUCUCACAGCAGAUUAGCAGACAGGGUCAGAACAUUCACUUCCUUUAUCCAUAAAUGCUUUUGUAUGCUAUUUUAGUUAUCUGAAUGAAUGUAUUUCCAUGUCAUCGUUAUGGUAGGGGGGUGUGCUGCCUAUUAUCGAAAUGCAAAAAAAAAAAAAAAAAAAAAAAGAUCCCAAAGUAUUAUUCUUAUUAUUCUUAUUCUUCAGUCUGUUGUGUUACUACUGCCAGAUUCUAUUUUUACGUGUCACAUUUUUCAUUAUAAAUUCAUUGUCUAAUCAAAUAACAUCUUUUUCUUCAUGCGGAUUAUAUAUGUGGAAUUCUCAUACAUUUUCUAUUUACUAAUUUAAUGUAUUACAAGUGCAUUUCCUGUUGAAAGUGUUUCUGAAGUUUUUAAUCUGUUACAUUUUAAUAAAGAUUGCCUCCAUGAGA